CGGCGAGGUGCACUGUUCCCCGGCCUCCCGCUCCCCAGAUCAAGCCUAUUUACUCCACCUGUUCCCCUCCCACCUCCCUCCCCUCGGCAUCUCGUCACUGUGAAGUUGUGUACAAACACAUCCCUCUCAUGAUGGCCUCCCCCAUCGUCGAAAUCGACAUCUCCCCCAGCCCGCGCACAAAGGAGGAAAACCAGGAACGGGCGUUCAUUGCUGCCUCCAGACGCAAAGACCGCAGUCUCGAUGCCCGCGUCGAGUCCGCCAACCGGGCUUCCAGCCUGCACAAACAGCGCACCGGCAAGGCCCUCCUCAUCAAUCGGGACAUCGUCGAACGAGAGGCCAUGUACGAGGAGGUCGACGACCGCUAUCAGGAAAAGAUCAACCGCAUCAUGCACGCACAGAGCCUGCAGAUGAACAAUGAUUUCAACCGCAACCUGAUGGCGGUCCUUCACGCCAGCCGCCCCAGCGCCCUGCACCAGCGUCGGGCUACCAACGCCCAUUUGAACCCGCGGGCGUCUGCCAACGGCAUUCGCAAGAUGAGCCUGGACCUGACCGGCCUGCGCGCCUCCAUGUCCGAGGGCAUGCACACCGGGCCGAUGACCAGCCCGCUGGAGGUGCAGCAGAGCCCCUACGUGCUGUCCCCCACAUACCACGGCAGCUCCCAGUCGCCGUCGUAUCCUAACGUCGUUCCCGCCUCGUCGGGCCACCUGCCAUCCUACCUCACGCAGACCGCCGGGGGACCCACUUGGCCGACCCAGAUGGGCGGCGGGCCGUCCGUGCAAUCGCCCUGGACGGCAGGGUUCGUGUCGCCGGCGCAGCAGGGCCCGAAUGGGCUGGGAGAUUUAUCCGCCAUGCCGGUCCGCCAAUUCCGGGACCGCAUGGGGUCGGCGCCGGUGAUUCCCAUGCGCACCGUGCCCUCGCCGUCCAUGGCGACGCCCGCGGGGACCAACCCUACCAGCACUGCAACGGUGACGCCCAGCACGCCGGCGACCCGACCGGCCAGCAGCAUGUUCCAGCACGCGCGUGUCCGGUCGGAGCCCACUCCAGGGUCGCGGACCCAGAGCCUGGCGAACCUGUCGCAGAUGCACUCGCUGGGGGGGCUGCCGAUGGAGGCGAUGGAGCCCAUCCCGACACCGGACCUGUGUCCCACGCCCAGCACGCCGCAGUCGCCCACGUCGAUGGGCCAGACGGGGGGCCUCUGGGGGCUGCAGCUGCACAAGGACGAGGGGCUGGGAUACCCGCCGGAGCACCACCUGGACCCGGAGUACGAGGAUUUCAGCCAUUACGCGAUUGGGCUGGGCAGCGAGGGUCCACUGGUGGAGUCGGACAUGGCGACCUUUGAUGAUUAUUUAACGAUGGAGGAAUUUACCGUCAGCGUAUAGUAGCCUAAAGGUUUUCUGUUCUUUUUUUUUUCAUUCAUUCUUUUUCUUUUUUCUCAUUUUGCUUUUAAAUUCUGAUUGUGUUAUUUAUUGUAUGAUUGGCUACCCGGGGGGGUCUGGCUGUAUGUACGAGGGGAGAAAUACCCGAGGCGGCGUUGACUGUUGACUGUUGCUUGAUGAUUGAUUGAUUCUGGUUGCUUACAUUUCUUCUCACCGGACUCACUAUUAUUACUAUUACC